GUAUUGAAGCAUAAUUCAGAGUGAUUCUGUUGAUGUUCUGUUUCCGUGACGAUCACACACACACUCACACUGUGUUCAGACGAAGCUGCAGAUUAAAUCGGUCUCUUACAAGUUUGUACGUUUGUGGAAAUGACAGAGAAUCUAACAGGACAUUCAGAGAUGGAGGUUCUGUUGAAGAAAAGGGACAAAAUGGAGAAACGCUUCCAGGCUGAUAAAGACAGGUUGGUGCUGGAGUUGGAGGAAAUGAAGGAGAAGAUAAGGAAGGAGAAAGAGAGAUCAGAGCUUCAUCAGAGAGAGAACAAGGCCAGAGAAGCUAAGACCAGAGAAGAGAUGGAGACUCUGCUGAAGGAAAGGGAUGAAAUGAGGAGAAGAUUUCAGGCUGAUAAAGACAGCUUGAUGCUCCAGCUUGAGGAAGAGAGAAGGAACACAGAAAAGGAUAUAGAGCGGUUUGACAAAAGGCAGAAGAUCACUGAAGGCUGCUGGAGGAAACACUGUAAGGUAGUGGAGCAAAUAAUUCUUGAAGAAGAAACAGAGGUGGAGAAAAUGAGAAAAGAGGUGAAUGACCUGAAAGAAACUGUGAAAGAACUUAAGCAGAAAGCCAGAACUAUGUAUCCCGAGAUGACCAGGGUCGGCUGGUUGCUGAAGCUCUGCAAGAGGAAGAACGUCAAGAGAAGACGGUACUUGGAGAAAGAGAUAGAGAGAGACUUGAGCACCAGCUGAGAGACAGUAAAGCCAGAGCAGCUCGGUCGGCAGAAGUGAUCGACAUUCUGCUGAAGGAAAAGGUUCAAAUUAAGAGACAGUUGGAGCUCGAACAAGCAAUUGACAUCUUGGAGGCAGUUGCUCGCAAUUCUUCAAACAGAAGGAGAAAGAGCUGUGAGCCGGUAAAGAGCAAGGAGAGAGAAGUUCACUCUACAGAAGUGACUAAUGCUGCGGUGAAGGAUAGAAAGGAAAUGAAGAAAGAGCAGCAUGAAGAAAAAGAGAGGAAUGUGCUGAAGCUUGAGCAAGAAAAGAAUAACAUGGAGAAGGAGAUAGAGAUAAACCAAGAGAGAAUCGACCUGGAGAUUCGAGCCAUGGAAGAGUUUCUGGAGGAAAAAAUGAAUGAACUGAGAAAGAUUGAAGCUGAAAAACGGAGAGUGGAGGAGAAGAUUCCAGAGAUGGCGACCAUGCAGGAGAUGACAGAAGAGCUGGAGGCCUCUGAACCAAAGAAGGAAGCAAGUGUGAAGGAGGGACUUAAGACAGCUGAUAAGAAGCUGAUGUGCCUUUCCAUACCGUGGUUGCAGAAGCUCAGGAAGAAGCUGAUGAAGUAGAAGAAGUAGAAGACCAAAGAGAGUCAGCAGAUGAAGAAAAAGCAAGAGAGGGAGAGCGAGGCCAAAGAAGCUUAGAUGAGACAAGAGACUCUGAUGGAGAGAAGAGGAGAUUUAACACUGGGGACAGUAGAGAUCUGAGAACACACACACACACACACACACACACACACACACACACACACAC